GCGUGACUGCCUAUAGCCUCUGCUUGCUAAUGCUAGAGGAAAAUCGAUCCAGGGAAUUUUUUACAAAACGAAACCACAUCGAUUGAACGAAACAGGGAGAGGAUAAUACUUUGCUGCAGGAGGUCUACCUGCAGCCCUUACGAGACCCAAUGGCUACCGACAUGCCCAUGGACACGGUGCCGGCUCCUCACCCUGCCCCAGCCGCGCCUCCUGACAUUACCCCAGCCUCUCCUCCUGAUCUCAGCUCCAGUGCAGCCCAAGAUCAGAUUCCCAUCCGGCAGCCAGCAGUAGCUGAAACCCCUGACACAGCGGUGACCUCAGAACAUGAUGCUGCUCCAGAUCUCACCACGGCUCAGCCUACAGACUCAGAUGUGGCCCCAGGCCUUGUUCCCGGCUCUGAGCUGCCCUCGACCCCUCUGCUGCCACCACUGCCACCAGUCAGUGCCAAGAACCCCAGCUGCAAGAUCAUGACCUUUCGGCCCACUAUGGAGGAGUUCAAAGACUUCGCCAAAUACAUUGUCUACAUGGAGAGUCAGGGAGCUCACCGUGCUGGGCUGGCAAAAGUGAUUCCCCCAGAGGGCUGGAAGCCGCGAAGGUCCUAUGACACCAUCGAGGACAUGGUGAUUCCAGCUCCCAUCACGCAGGUAGUGACAGGACAGUCUGGUCUGUUCACUCAGUACAACAUCCAGAAGAAGUCGAUGACUGUAAGCGAGUACCGCAAGCUGGCCAACAGCAAGAAGUACUGCACACCCCGGCACAAAGACUUUGAUGAUCUAGAGAGGAAGUACUGGAAGAACCUGACAUUUGUGUCACCAAUUUAUGGUGCAGAUGUCAGUGGCUCCAUCUAUGAUGAGGACAUUCAAGAGUGGAACAUUGGCCACCUCAACACACUGCUGGAUAUGGUGGAGCAGGAAUGUGGCAUCGUUAUUGAAGGUGUCAACACUCCCUACCUCUACUUUGGCAUGUGGAAGACCACAUUUGCCUGGCACACUGAGGACAUGGACCUUUACAGCAUCAACUACCUGCACUUUGGACAGUCGAAGUCCUGGUAUGCUGUUCCACCUGAGCACGGCAAGAGGCUGGAGAGGCUGGCACAAGGCUUCUUCCCUGGCAGCUCCCAAGGCUGUGACGCCUUCCUUCGCCACAAGAUGACGCUGAUAUCUCCAUCCAUCCUGAAGAAAUAUGGCAUUCCCUUCGACAGAAUAACUCAGAAUGAAGGGGAGUUUAUGAUCACCUUUCCGUAUGGCUACCAUGCUGGCUUCAACCAUGGCUUCAACUGUGCGGAGUCUACAAACUUUGCCACCCUGCGCUGGGUGGACUACGGCAAGAUGGCUACUCAGUGUACCUGUCGUAAGGACAUGGUGAAGAUCUCCAUGGAUGUGUUUGUGCGCUGCCUGCAGCCGGAUCGCUAUGAGCUGUGGAAGCAGGGCAAAGACAGUGUGGUGUUGGACCACCUUAAGGCCACUGAGCUCAACAGCCCCGAACUAGAUCAGUGGAGGCAGUAUCGUGUAGCCCAACGAGAAAACCUCCUACGAAGGGCCAUGCAAAAGAUGAAGCAGGUCCGUCGUCUAAAGCUGGAGGAGGUGAAGGUGCUGGCCGAGGAAGGCAUUGAACUGAAUGCUGCUGAGUACCAGCGUCAGGUAGAAGAGCGCGAGGCUCAGCGGAGGCAGGAGAGAGAGGAGCGCCUAGCCAGAGAGGCCAUGUUGACCCUGGAGGCCAUGGAGCGCGAGGAGCAGGAGGCUGCUGAGGCCGCUGCGAAAGCAGCAGAGACUCCAGCUGUAAAGGCAGAAGAACCCGAGGCCAAACCACAGAUCUUGACAGAGGACAUUGACAAAAAGAAGCACAAAAAGCCGAAGAAGAUGUCAAUUGCCCACGACACCAUGACUGGGUUUGAGGAAGCAUUUAAGCAGUUUGCUACAUCCAGCAUCAAGAAAUCAAAGAACGCCACAGUCAGCGAUACAGAGGUGGAGAGCCCUCUUGCCUCAAGACCGAGUGACAUCCCAGCAGACAGCAAGCUGGAUGCGACUGCCACCCAGGCAUGCUAUUCCAAGAUGAAGAUGCCAACAGAGGUAAAAAAGAGUCGCCGUCACCCCCUCAGCAAGCCACCCAUGCGCUCCCCUCUGUCCAUCUUAAAGCAAGACCCGAGUAGCGACAAAGAGCUGUCCUCCCCUAUACCGCUGGACAGCGACAUGAAGAAACAGGAGCACCUGUGGCAGAAUCAGUCGCCCAACUUCCUGGCAGAGAAGGCCUUCAAUGCUGCAGUGGCAGCACUCCAACCACACUGUGCUAUCUGUUCACUCUUCUGUCCCUACACAAAGCCACACAAAGACGCCUUCAUUUCAAAUGAGACCCAUCGCGCCUCCCUUCCCCGCCAUGGCAGUCUGACUCGCCCACUGGUCCCAGAGAUGUGCUUCAGCGUCGGUGCAUGCAACACUGAGCCACCACCCACCAACUAUCACAUUGGAGAGGAUGGAACCAGUCUUCUGCUCCGCUGUUCAUCUUGCCACAUGCAGGUUCAUGCCAGUUGUUACGGUGUGAAGCCAGACUCAGUCGGUGAAUCCUGGAUGUGCUCUAGGUGUGCAGAAGGAGCCUGGACGGUGGAGUGCUGUCUCUGUAACUUGCGGGGAGGAGCUUUGAAGACUACCACAGACAAUCGGUGGGUCCAUGUUAUCUGUGCCAUCGCUGUGGCUGAAGCUCGCUUCGUCAACGCCAUUGAGAGAGAGCCGGUGGACGUCAGUGCCGUUCCAGAAUCGCGCAAGAAUCUGAAGUGUGUGUUUUGCCAUCGCAAGAAUGCCAAUCAGAACCGCGGCGCCUGCAUCCAGUGCUCACACAAGAACUGUGCCACCUCCUUCCACGUCACCUGCGCCCAAAUUGCCGGAGUAGUCAUGACACCAGCCGACUGGCCUUAUGUCGUGUCUGUCACCUGCCACAAGCAUAAAGGUGUCAUUCUGAAGCCUCGGACGGCACCCAAAGGCCCACAGAGUCCGAACCUGGGCCAGAAGGUGAUUGGUCGCAACAGUGACGGCUGGUACUACCACUGUACCAUCAUUGGCAUGGCAACGCAGACGUUCUACGAGGUCAAUUUUGACGACGGCUCGUAUUGUGACAACGUGUACCCAGAAAACAUAGUGAGUCAUGACUGCCUGGGCUCCGGUCCUCCCGAGGUAGGGGAGUUGGUUGUGGUCAGUACGCCUGAGGGUCAGGUCCUCAAUGCUUCCUUUGUGAGACAGCACAGCCACAAGUGCUACCAGGUUGAGUUUCAGGACCAGAGUCAGCUAAUGCUAAAACCUUCAGAGAUCCAUCAGCAGGAUCAGGAACUGCCCAAGAGGGUCCGAGCCAGACUGGCCAUACCUGUAACACAGGAGGAGGUUUCCUCAGCAGAUGAAGCCCAAGCAGCCAAACGCCGUUGCCUGCCCUCAGGUUCAGCCCCGCCCGCUGAAACCCCCAUGGAGACAACCAACAAGCCUGCCUGCCCCCUAACUACAGCCCCGGUAGCAACACCAGCAGCAGAACAUCACAGUAUUAGUACACCGCCGACCUCACAAGCUCUGUCCCAGCCCACUACGACCCCACAGGAUGCCCCUGCUGCAACCAAUGGUAUUCAGAUGGACGCUGAGACCCCAAUGGACACGAGCGUCGCCCUCACCGAUGCGCUAACGGAGUCCACCCUGGCCUCAGACCCCACGCUGACUCCACAGUCAACCCCUUUCCAGUCGAAAUUGAACUCUGACCCUCUCCUGUCCGCCCCUUCCCCUUCCCUGCCCUCACCUCAGCACAUGUCCGACAGCUACAUGCCGAGCAGCGGCUACGUUUCCUACAUGGAGACCCUCCUCCAUUCACAUUUCCCUCAGGACGAUGGCCCCGGAUCCCUGUAUUAAAAACCAACUCCACUAUAAUAUUACUCGGCCAGUGGAGGCUGAGCCCAUAGGAAGUAAGCUAAUGGAGGUGGAUUCUACUGAGUGCUGUAUUAAUGGACAAAAACAUUUCCUCCACCGGCUCUGAGAGCUCAGGGUCAUGGCAGGAAAAGACACGGACACACAAGCACUCUUUUAAUGCAUGUUACUUUUCUAUUUUUGAGAUAAUGUAUUUGCAGUGGUGCUUUUGCGUGCUCUGAAGCAGCAGCUAAAGAGGACAUGUUUUUUUUUUUUUUUUCUUUUUUUUUAACAUUAUUUGUUGUUUUUGUUUUGUUUUGUUGUGUUGUGUUUUUUUUUUUUUUUUUUUUUUGAAGCUUUGCUUUUUAUUUUUGUCAGCUGCUGUGCUUUUUUCCUCCAUCUUAAUAUGAAUACGUCUCUGGGUGGUAUCAACUCCAUACCUCGUUGCAUUAAUUCAAUAACAGCACACUCCCAUUUUCUUUGUACAGGAAGCUAAUUACUAUGAAUAUGCCUCUCAGCAUUGAGGCCCCAGUGGACUUUUUCUUUUUUUUAAAUCAAAUAACCAGCAACAAAAUAUCUAUUUUUCAAUCCAGCCAUUCAUGGCUUUGGAACUGGUGGAACUAAAGUGUCACAUUGUCCAUCUACAGGAUAUUUUCAGUAAGGUGUUUUAUUGUCAGAUUGCAAGAGGUAAACAGGGGGAUGGGGUAAAAAAAAAUGUAUUGUAGGGGGAACUCAGUAUUUAAAUGUCUUAGUCAAAUAUUGAAAGAAUUAUUUGUAAUAGAAGAAACCUGUUGAAUGCGAACACUAGUAGAUUUGUCUGCAGGAUGCAUUGAAUUUUUGUGAAGAUGUGCCACAGUAGUUAACAGAUGAGACAUUUUAUGUAUUGACGUCAUGAGGUCAUUUGGUGGCUCCACUUUUCACACUCAAAACGUUCUCAGGGUUCCUACAUGGAGAAAAAAAAGGUUUUAACCUUCGAGUCUUCACACAGUUAAGGAAGUACAGCCCAGAAAACUGCCUCAAAAUAUUCCUCAGUCAUAAUUGGCACUUGAAUAUAUAUCCGUUGCUUAUAUUGUCAUACUUGCACCAGUUUGUCCAUUUUACUGAGUGAUAUCUUUGUUUAACAUCACAUUUCUCCAAUUAGCACAUGAACUGACGGAAACUUAUGAAGUCGGUUUUAAAGGAUGAAAGUCAGGAAAAUGUGAUGAAAUGAUAUUUGGAAAAAGGAGAAUAUGUAGGAACCCUAAAAUCUGGAAAGAUUUUGUACCAUUCUUGGUUUGAAUUGUAUGUAUAAAUCAAUAUUGUAUAUUAAUAAUGUUGUCUGUUUUUUCUAUUACUGUAUUCUUUCUAUGUUCAUUUCCUGAAUUCACAAACUUGGCCGCUCCAAAAUAUUAAUAUCUUUUUAAUUUUGACAGUUUUUCAUAGGCAUAUUACUCAGUUUGUACUGGUAAAUGCUACUUUCUUUUCCCGGAUAUGGCCAUUUAGUGCCACGGAGGUGCUACAUAAAUAUUAAACUACUGAUGAGUUUCCUAACACUGUCACCUUGUACAUACCGCAGGCCUUGUGUUUUGUGAAUCAGUUUUGUAAAUGUCGCACAUAUACCUUUUUUUUUUUUUUUUUUUUUUUUUUCUGUCAUCACACCUGAAAUGUUGGAACACAUUUGUGUUCCUGUAUCCAAAUGAUAUUCAUCAAGAAAAUCUUAUUUCACAGGGAUUAAAGUGGGUUGCUAGUCGCCA